UUGAUUCUAUCUAUCACCUGAGAGAGAAACGGAGGACAGGAAAAGAGUUAGGAGAAACUAUAAGGUCAAUGUAAUGAAGAUGUCGCCUGCCAAGCUGAUUCAGGAACAGCUCGCUUCGUCCGAACCAAAGGAUGUCUCUGCUGGGUGCUCGUGUGGUCAAUGUGAAGCAAUAUCAUCAGCAUCACUGCUGGGGAGUGUGUGCUGCUGCAGGGGGGUGGAGGCAUACCGGGCCCUUCUAGAGAAAUUGGAUCCGUCAGCGGAUAUCCCCUGCCUGACGCUCCAUCCAGAUUUCAAAACCUUUUGCCUGAACCCGUGCAUGCUGGAGGUAGCAUAUUUGGACUUCGGGCAGAAGCAUGGCCCUCUCCAGGCCAAGACACCACAGCAAUUUCGAUACACAGCGUACAGGCAGGUUGUCUGCUGGGCUCAUGGAGUUCUAGACGAACACGUGCGGAAGGCCAUCCCUUCAUGUGUUGUUGCAGCCAUAAGGAGGCGAUUUCCAGAAGAAGGGGGCAUCUAUAGAGGUUUCCAGAGGCCUCACUUGGAGGUUGAGAAAUAA